AAAAGUUUUAAUUCUUGAAAAUCUGUUGGAUUAUGGAAUUUUUGGGAAAGAAGGAGUAGGAAAAUGAUGAUAACUUUUCAAGGUCUUUUAAAGCAGAAAUCUCCCCAGGUUCUGUUCGAAAAUGCAUUACCAGCAUCUGAUCCUGGCACCCUGGAGCAAUUAAAAGAGUUGAGCUCCAGAAGGAGAGCUAUCGAAUCCAUCAAUCAGAAUAGCUUUGUGACAGAGGCUAUUGCUAGAGAAAUGUCUGGAGGAUUGACUUCUCGAUGUGAACAGAACAUACAGAAGGUGGAACAAUAUUUGCCACUUUUGGAAAACUUGAUACACCAUGUAAAUUUAGUUCUUGACAACCCCAAGAUGGUUCGAUGGAUUUCUGACCUAAACAUUAGGUGGAGCAGCGCUCUCACUUCAUCCUCCUUUUUUCAUCUUAUGGGACCAAAAUUUUAUCAAAUGGAUAAUUUGCAUUUUGAAGUUGCUAUGAUACUUUUCGUUCUCGGUGCAUUGGUUCGAGAUCAAGCUGUGGAAGUUCUGUCAACAGAUUUAGUGCAAUCUGCCUCAGUUCUCAGAAAAGCUGCUGGAGUUUACCAAUAUCUAGCUCAGGAUGUCCUUCCCUGUUUACAGCCUGAGUUGGCACUAGAAAGGCCACCAGAAGCUGUGAUCAGUGUUUCUGCUGCAAUGGCACUUGUUUGCUUAGCUGAGGCACAGGCUGUGACAGUGAGGAAGGCAGAGCAAAAAGGGAAUACAGGAGGACUUUUGGCGAAACUGCAUUAUGGUGUUUGCGAAUUUCUUAAUGAAGCUAUUCAUACCUUGCAUUCAGCCACCAUUCAUUGCAAAGACAUUUCAUCUUGCUUAAUGGAUUAUAUUACAACCUGUAAGAUGCUACAUGAGUUACUCAGUUACAAGUAUCUUGCUGAGAGUCUAAAGAUUGAGGGGCAAAUAGGCUUUGCUAUGGGAGUUCUUCGCCAUGUGAUACAAAAUUCAGAAAAGCAUACACCAAGAGAAGAGUCAUGGAGACUUAUUUAUAAGCAGUUGAUUGAUGAUUUGACUGAGCUGCUCCGGAAGUAUGAACAUGAAAACGAGUUUGUCUGGCAUGAGAAAAUUCCGAUGAACGAUGAGUUGCCUGUACCUCAAGGUGUCAAGAUUGUUAGUUCCAUACCUUACCAGCCACAAAGGUGGGAAAGAACACUUGUUUUCAAAAUCUGAAGUUUUUGGUUGAAAGCAGGACUACAGGGUCUAUUUGAGUGUUUUGAAAAGGUGAAAUAUUAUCUUGUAGCAGUUAUUUUGAGUGUAAAUUUCCAACUUUUUGUGCUGCAUGGACCUACAGUCUGAACUAAACGUGCCUCUAUGUCUAUGGAGAUUACACAUCUUCUCAUUCCUUAAAUAUAAGUAUAGUUGGAAAGGCAUCUGAAAGAAUCAGUGUUACUGAAGAUCUACUUUUCAAAUGACUGAUGAAUUUACCGUUUUAUUUUCAAAAAUAGUUUAUAUUUUACUUUUGUUAU